AGAUAACACUAAAUGGAUUUCGUUGUCUGUCAUAUAACUUUGUAUCAUAUAAAUUCUCACUCAGUCUAUUCGAAGUUCAAGAAGCGUUAGUUCGUGCUGAUGAAAUUUGGAUAGAAAUCUGUUUAUAAAACAAGACAAAGUUUGCCGGGGGUUAAGAUACCUCUGUUCUUCUGUAAACAAGUUGCGGUUGGCAGUGAACUUUGACGUAGGUAGACAGGGAUAACCUUGGACAGUUUUAUGACCGCCUUCCUGCGAUUGCCGGUAGGAAGAGCAGUUUCUGGAUCGAAUUCUAAAGCAUUACAAAUCAAGUCUGGCAUAGAAAUAUUAUUUCUUGAAAGUGCCAGUCUUCGGUCGGCAUCCCAGAAGCAUUACGAAAGAGGGCCUAUCGGGCGCCGUCAUUCGGCUGACAAGUCGGGACCGAGGAUGGUUUCCCAUGCAUCGUUCAUAAACAAAUUACAAAAUCCACAUCACAGAACCAGCAGCCAAAAAAUCGUAAAAAGAUGUUAGCAGUCAAAAUGUGACUUGGCAUUGCAAACAUUGCUGGUGAUGGGUUUGGUCAUCUUUCUGAUUUACUUGUGUUUUGCCAUCUCCAUUUCUGCAGCUAUCGAGUUUGUUUCGAACAACCCAGUGAAUGGAACAAGGAACGCUGCAUCAACCAAUGGAAAAAUACUUCUCGGUGGCCUAUUCCCAAUCCACAGCAAGGUUGAAGGAAAAAGUGCUAGAAGUUGCGGGCGUCUCAACCACGAAAGAGGCAUUCAUCGAAUCGAGGCAAUGCUAUAUGCAAUCGAUAUGAUCAAUAAAAACAAUACAAUUUUACCAAAGCAUGCGAUUGGUGUAAAUAUUAGGGACACAUGUGGUGUUGAUACCCACGCUUUAGAGGAAUCUUUGCAUUUCAUUAGAGAUUCCCAUGAAAGCUCCAGUAACUGCGGUUUGUACAACUCGCAGAAUGGUUUUGUUGGGGUUAUAGGCGCAGCAUCGAGCGGGGUUUCAAUCCAGGUCGCUAAUUUGUUGCGCCUUUUUAGGAUGCCUCAAAUAAGUUAUGCCUCAACCAGCCCCGAUCUGAUUGAUCGCCAGAAAUUCGAGUAUUUUCUCCGCACCGUUCCCCCUGAUACUUACCAAGCUCGGGCUAUGGUCGAUAUCAUUAGCCACUUUAACUGGACCUCCGUUCACGCAUUGUACUCUGAAGGAAACUAUGGACGCAAUGGCAUGGAGGAGUUUCUAAAAGGCACUAAGAAUUUAAGUAUUUGUGUCGUGUCAUUGGAGAUGGUAAACGGAAAAACGGACUUUUCUGCUCUAGUAGACAAGCUGUCGAAUUUCGAAUCUACGCGGGUAGUUGUCUUGUUUUUGUCGACAAAUCAUAUUUCAAUGUUGCUAAAAGCCGUAAAGGCAAAAAUGUCCACCGCCCCUUUAUCUAAAAGGAAAUUGUACAAGUUCAAGUGGCUGGCUAGUGACUUUUGGGGCACAAGACUGCGAUUUAUAGUCGAUAACGACUUGUCCGAAGCGGCAGAAGGCGCAAUUACGCUGACGCUUCAAACGACCUACGUUGACGGUUUCGAAAAAUAUUUUCGAAAUUUGACCCUCGAAAAUAACAAACGGAAUCCUUGGUUUAAAGAAUUCUGGGAAGAGACACAUAACUGUACACUGACGAAGUCAGACGCUGGCUUGAAAGUCUGUUCAGGGAAGGAAGAACUACCCACGUGGUAUCGUUUUGACGAUAAAGUUCCAUAUGUAAUAGAUGCUGUGUAUGCAAUGGCGAACGCUGUGAAUUUCUUGAUAUCCGCAUUUUGUAAAGGCAAAGAAGAUAAUUGCCAACCUUUUGUGUUUACUGGAAGAAACCUUCUUGAUUCAUUGAAAAACAAUGUAUCGUUUAAUGGCGAGUUAGGCCAAUUGAAGUUCGAUGAAAAUGGAAGCGUUGUACGAGAGUAUGAAAUUCAAGAAUUUGUGCUAAAGCCAGUUCCAGAGUACAGAAAGCUCGGUUCAUGGCCGCAUAGAGUCAAAGACAUCGUGCCAGCAGAAAAAGUACAAUCGACGUGUUCUGAGACAUGCAAGGGAGGCCAAUUUAGAAUCCCGAAGUACCAUAUGUCAUGUUGUUACACAUGUAAAGACUGUGGUCCCGACGAAUAUGCUGAAAGUGAAAGCCGUUGUAAGACCUGUAGUAACUGGGAAAAACCAAAUGCAACGAAGACAGGAUGUGUCUUGCUGCCUGAGGAGCCAAUGAACGCCACUUGGGUUAUACUGAUGACCACCAUGUCAAGCGUUGGCAUUGUUUUGACUUUCCUUAUCAUGUUUAUCUUUUUGUACCAUAACAGCACUGCCGUGGUCAAAGCCUCUGGAAGGGACCUGACUUAUCCCUUGCUUGUUGGAAUCAUUUUGUGUUACACCCUGCCGUAUGUGUGGCUCUCCGAACCGACCUCGGCUACAUGUGGAAUCACUAGAUUUGGCCUCGGUUUCGGCUUUUUUAUUUGUUACGCUGCUCUCGUAAUAAAGACGAAACGAAUCGAGCAUAUUUUCAGAGAUCGCGAUAAGAUAUCAAUAGAGAGGCCAUUAGCAAUGGGUCCGUCUUCCCAGACAUUAAUUUUGUUAGUAGCUGUUUUAAUAGAAGCUCUCUUUGCCAUUGUUGGUUUAUUUAUGGAAGAGCCUAAGACACAAAUCAAAGUUGACAAAGUGAGAGGCCAUCGACUAAAACUCUGUGUUCUACCAACCUACGACAUGGUGGUGGCUUUCUCAUGCAAUAUCUUGCUAAUCGUUGCCUGCACGGUCCUUGCAUUUCGAACUCGCAAAGUACCUGCCUGCUUCAAUGAGGCCAAAUACAUAGGCUUCGUCAUGUACACAACCUGCGUGAUCUGGAUCGCAUUUAUAACUGUUUACUUCGGAUUGGAAUUCCAUUACAAAGAAAUCGCUAUUUGCAUGGCAGUGUUCUUGUCCGCAACAAGUAUUCUCGCUGGCGUAUUUGGACCAAAGGUGUAUAUAAUUGUUUUCCGACCUGGAAGAAAUAUCCGAUCUCGUUCCGGACUUUUCAUCCAUCAUGUUUAUAGCAACCAGUCAUUUAUUGGAGAUUUUCCAGGACGCAAAACAACAACAACAACUGAACUGGAGCUGACAGUAACGAAUCCUGGACAUGGUGUUUCACGUGACAAUCAGAAUGCAACGCGACAGUGAAGACAGAGCAUCCGCAUUCUGGUAUUGAGCUCUAUAAGUUGAACAAUCGUUGUUCUAUUGUUAAUAAGUAUGCUAAUUUAUUCUCGUUUGAGCUUGAGUUCUCUUGUAGACUGUGGCCAGGGACUCCCCUUUGGUUCAUGCACUUUUAAAAUGCUAAGCGUUUUUUGGUUAGGGUGACCCUUCUGGGGGAAUCCAUGAAAUGUACAUGUGGCCCUUUAAAAUGCCUGUUCAUCACUCUCUGUCUGUAUAGAGAGUAUCAGCAUCAUUGAUUGGUUAAUAAAGCUCUAUCCGAGAAAUGUAUUUCAUCAACUUUAUUGGCAAUUAUGACAUAUCAUCCCUUUCUACUUUUUGUAUUUCUGUAAUAUCUAUCUAGCUCAAUUUUCUACUGAAAACUUUUUCCAAGACGCAUAAUGAAUAUAAAUAUGAAUAGAAGUUCAAUGCAAAACCGUCUAGGUAUUGGGUCACUGUUACUCUUGUAAAAUGCAUUAUUGUACAUAUUUCCUGUGUAAAUGUGUCUGACGAAAUUUGCACGGAUUAAUGGCAUCUUAGGCCAUCUGUCAAUCAAAAUUGGCCAAUAAAUAGGCGUAAUAACGCUCACAUGUUUAUUGAUUGGCCAAUAGUAGAUUGACAGGUGACAUAAGCCACUUUAGUUGUCUGUAAAUCAUAGUUCAUCACAUAUUAAAUAUGAUUGUUAAUUUAAUAUCUACUUGGAAUGGUGUGAAUAUAUUUUCUGAAUUUUAAGAUUUUGGGGAUAAUUAGCGAUUAGAAAUAUGUUUCAAUGUUUUAUCUUUUAUAGAUAGUGGCGUAUCCUGAUCUCCUGGGCGUAACUACUAUUGCUUUUAGGCGUAACUACUAUUGCUUUUAGGCGUAACUACUAUUGCUUUUAGGCGUAACUACUAUUGCUUUUAGGCGUAACUACUAUUGCUUUUAGGCGUAACUACUAUUGCCCUAGCCUCUCCAAAAAUGGUUGAAGUUGUUUUUCCCAAUACACAAUCCUUUUUUUUCGAUUUUUCUAAAGUGAUGGUGCCCCACAAAAACUAUCCCAAAACUUUACCCUUUCUCCUGGAUUGAUCUUUCUUUUACUAACCUUCAGGAAAUUUUUCCAACCAACACACUUUCCACAAAUCAACUAGCAAUAAAAUAAGGGUAAGAUGAAAGGGGGUGGGGAACAACAGCCCCUCCCCCUAAGGUAUCAAUUUUGUGAGGACUCGAGGACAUUUGCUUCUUUUCGGCAUUGGUCUGGAAAUUACAUCUUUACAUUCUGGAAUUUACCCCUUUAAAUGACCUCAACAUUAUUUUCGAACAUAUGCAGGUACGCCUUUGUUUAUGAGUUAAUUGAAUUUGUCUUUUUUACAAUAUCUCGUAUUAUGUACAGGUUUUUUAAUUUCUAUCAUGCAUGUUUUCAUUCAUCGCCUCUUUUCACUCGUGUCCCUUUCAAUCAAGAUUAAAAUAUAUUUGAAUGUUAGAAAGGGAAUUGGGAGUGAUUUUUGUAAACAAUAAUGUAAUUUUUAGUGUA